GAACAUAAUCUCCAACAAAGUUUGCUUGGUUAUUGUGAUUUGCCUUCUUUUCUGCGGGCCACACUCUUGAUUCUUGAGCCAUGAACAUUUAUUUGUGGUGGACAUGGAUCGAAGGCUACCGGUACUGGUGAGGUAUUCAUCUUGUUAUUUCCAGUAUAUCAAACCAUUCCAAUGUCACCCUGAAGCUGUCCAGCUAGCUCUAGCUACUGUGGCCCUGGCCCCUUCCUUCGGGAUAAAUCCAUGGCUGCUGGCUGCUGGCUCAGCUUUCUUUGGCGUCCCAUAUUUAAAUAUGCAUGUCUUCACCCGUCAGAGCUUCAGAGCAGGCAUUUGGUGGUUCCAAUGUUUAUGGAUGGCAUCAUCUGUGACGCACCAGAAGCGUUUCGGGUGUCCUGUCCCCCUUGAAUCCUUCCACGUCUCUAUCAAUUGGUUUUCCAAAUGCUUAAAGAUCCGACAUGCAAAGCGAGAAGAAGAACCCCUUGACAUCAGGUGUCAACACGCUGACACGGUCCUCUCCGCAUUUGGAUCUUUCGAGUGAAUUUCAGUUUCUCGCAGAAAAUUGUUUUUGGAAAGCUAGGUAGACACUAGCUAGAGUGACAACAAGUUUGGAAGUGGAAAUAUGGAUAUGAAGUUUGUUGUGCUCCAGCGAUGCUCACACGCGCUCUGGCCAUCCAUUGCAGCUUGAUUGGGCCAGACCAUUUCCAAGAAGCUCAAUAAAGAACCAGUUGUUUUCUUCGUUUACAUAUCUCCGGAAGCAUUUUGUUCUAAUAAGAUAUAUAAUGAGUUCUAAAGGUACCGGUACCCAAAUUGACGACACGCAACAAACCAACAGACCAGCGGAUGUUGGUUAGCUAGCUAGGCUAGCUAGAAAAAGAUAGAGCCCUUGACUUGGCGCGAAAUCAAGCUCUUGCUUGCUUCAAUGUGAUCUCACUCUAGACUUGCCUGGGGCUCCGGCAGUUUGGAGGAACUCGUAGCAAUGCCCCGAUGGUCCCUACAACCUCCAAUGCCGGUAUUUUCCCUCGAAUCCUUUGCCGAUAUCUUUGACAAAUCUUUCUCAGCACUGCUCUGUUAAUAGCUCACAAUUUGAAGCUAGCCUCAGUGAAGCUGCCUCAUUAUUUGCUUGCCCCGUUUUCUUUGAGAAUUUGCCACCAAGAAGAUUUCACCAUGUCGAACCAAAACGGCAUUGCUCUCAUCGGACGAGGUGAGUCCGUGCUCACGGGCGCCUCCCUUGAAAACCUCGGAAGGCAACGCACAGAACUGGACGACAGCGAGACGGCAGGUCAAGGUGGCCUGGGCAUCCGCCAGGACUGUGAAGGCGGUAUCGAAGACGGGGAAAACGUCGCUUUGUUGGCAGACUCUUCUGGUUGGAUCUUCCCCCAGGUGAAGCUUACAACCUGGAAUCCUGAGGACGAGAAGCAGUGGACCAGCUAUGGAAGCAGCAUUGCCAGGAGAAACUUGAUUGCCUCCAUCCCCAACUUGACAUGUUCCUUUGGUGUCUGGCUUGUCUGGUCUGUCAUUGCGACCAGGAUCCAAAAGAUGCACGAUGCAGAUCCCGAGGUAUACCCCUUCCAGGAUUGGGAGUCCCCUCAAGGAAAAGACUACAAGGCCCUCCUGUUCUUGCUCCCUGCCAUUGCUGGUUUGUCUGGAGGUACCCUCCGUAUCCCCAACAGCUUCUUGACACAGGUAGCUGGUGGACGAAAUGUGGUCUACUCCACCAGCGUCAUCCUCUGUAUCCCGAUGAUUAUUUCUGGCAUUGCCCUGGGCAACCCAAGGUGCCCAUUCAACUUGUUGAUUGUUUGCUCGCUUCUCAGUGGUGCUGGUGGAGGAGCCUUUGCUUCGUCCAUGAGCAACAUUUCCUUCUACUACCCCAAGAAGCAACAAGGCUACGCCCUUGGCAUGAAUGGAGGACUUGGCAACCUGGGAGUCAGUAUCUCUCAGCUUCUUGCCCCCAUCUUCAUGACGAGUGCAUUCGGUUCCGCGCCCGUGAGCCCGAAUGGUGCUUCUGGUUGGCCUGCCAAUGCAGGUUGGCUUUGGUUUCCUCUAUGUGCUGCGUCGGCUAUCUUUGCCUACUUUUACAUGAGCAACCAGCCAACCCAUGGAAGCAAGUCCCAGCUCAUGAGUCAUGUCAACUUUUACUGGAUGGAAAUCGUUGGAUUCAUUGCCGCAUCUAUUGGGUGCUUGACGCUGGUUUUUACUCGUGACUCUGCCAUGGUCAAGACUUCCGGUGGACAGGUUGCCCACAAGUUCCUCCUCGUGUUGUUGGCUGCCUCUGCCGAACACAUCUUCCUUUGGUACAUCACGCCCAAGAAAGCCAAAGUCCGUGUCCACAAGCAGGUUGUCAUUUUCAAGAACAAGCACACAUACAUCAUGACAUGGCUGUACAUUAUGUGCUUUGGAAGCUUCAUUGGUUACUCUGGCUCUUUCCCCAAGCUGAUUGUGGAUCUCUUUGGCUACGUCAAUGGCGAUGGCUGCAAAGUUGAUGGCACUUUCACUCCCGGCGGCGAAGAAGCGGCCUGUCUAAAGAACGGAGGAGAGUGGCUUGUUAACCACGAGUACGUCAACCCCAACGCUCCCAACAGCGACAGCGUUGCAUGGCUUGGAGCGGCUGUGGGAUCGCUCAUCCGUCCUGUUGGAGGCGUACUUGCUGACAAGUUUGGUGGAGCCAGGUGCACCAUGGUUGCUAUCAUCUGGUGCACUAUUGCUGCUUUCUGCCAGGGGAUUCUAGUGAAGAAAACCCGAGACCUUGAUAGGCCCGAAGAGAAUUUUGGUUGGUUCGUCUUUUUGUUUCUAAAUCUGUUCUUGACCACUGGUUUUAUGAACGGAACGACCUUCCGUACAAUUGGAGUCCUUUUCCCACCAGAAGAGUCUGGCCCUGUCCUUGGUUGGUCCUCUGCAAUUGCCAGCUACGGUGCCUUCAUCAUCCCAACCAUGUUUGGCAUCGCCAUCAAGGCGGGUUCCCCUGAAGUUACAUUUUAUGGUCUAGGUGCAUACUAUGUCACUUGUGCAUUCCUCAACUUUUGGUACUAUCUCCGCCCUGGCUGCGAGGAAGAUCUCUACCAGACACCAGCAACUGCGCCCAAGGAGGAGGAGUUGGAAGAACCUGAGGAUUCUGACCUAUCACCCAAAAAGGAUGAAUCUUUCACCAAGGAUGGCUCUGACACUGACAAGAACAACCUUGACAUUGUGGUGGAUUGCUAAACGUCGCUUGCGCAGUUUCUGACAAGGACUAUGCAUGAACGAUAUGGAGACAAAGCAAUCGCUGCGAAACGAGUGCAGAUCGCACCAUCCGGUGGCUGCUUGAGCUCAAUCCAGACUAUAUGUUGCAUAUUACAUUUUGAAUUACACGGCUUUGAAAAGCUGGCUGCGACCUGCGACAGCCACACUGUUUCUAACCCCCCAUUUAAAAUCUUAACGAAACAGAAUCAGCCAAAGAAAAGUACACAGAUAGACAGCGGUCUUCGAAAUGGCAACGAUCCAUAGAUCUACUUGUGACGCUGAGCUGCGAUCGUAGGAGGAGAGGUCUUUCGAAACAGCAUCACCGUUUCAUUUUUCAUUGCCAAAUUGAGCCCUCACUCUUCCAUUGUUGUCGCCAAGUCGCAAGCAAGUCUCAAGCUGUAAAGAGGACCGUCGUCAUGAGUGAGGCAAGAUUUUGAUGCUGAAAGGCUUUGGGCCUCCUUUCUGUGUAAAAAGCCUUCUGUUCUUUUCCUCUUUGUUCCACGAGGAGGGCGACUCUUUCGUUG